GAUUCAAAGCACAAGGUGAUGAUUUUGGAUGACAAUGAAGCUCUUCAACUCUUUAGCAUGCAUGCUUUCAUGGAAAAAGAACCAUUGAAGGAUUAUGUGGACCUAUCUAAACAAGUAACAAAAUAUGCUCAAGGUCUUCCACUAGCUUUAACAGUGCUAGGUUCGGAUCUAAAAGGUCAAAGUAUACUUCAAUGGAAAAGUGCGUUGGAUAAAUAUAAAAACAUUCCAAAUGGUAAUAUUCAAAAAGUACUGUUAGUGAGUUAUGAAGGUCUAGAUGAUACUAAGGGGGACAUAUUCCUUGAUAUUGCAUUUUUCUUCAAAGGAGAAUAUUUGGCUAAUGUCAUGAAAAUAUUUGAUUGUUGUGGUUUUUUUCCGGUUCAUGGAAUCAAGAGGCUUACAGGCAAGUGUCUUAUUACUAUUGAAGGGAGAAAUGAAUAUGUUCAGAUGCAUGACUUGCUACAAGAUAUGGGACGAGAAAUUGUUCGACUAGAAUCACCCAAAGAACCUAGCAAACGUAGUAGACUGUGGUUUCACGAGGAUAUCCGUGAAGUCUUGGAAGAAAGUACGGGGCCAAACAAAAUUGAAGGCAUACUAGUAGAUUUACCUGAAGGCAAUGAGGAGAUAAGCUUGCAUCCUGAAGCAUUUCAACAUAUGGAAAGACUUAGAAUCUUUAUAAAUCAUAAUGCACAUUUUUCUUGUGGACCCAAUUAUCUCUCCGACAAGAUAAGAAUACAUGAUUGUUAUAAAUAUCCUCUAGAGUCUUUGCCAUGUAAUUUCCAAGGGAAGAAACUCAUUGUCUUUAGGAUGCGUCAUAGCCUCAUGAAGGAGUAACGGGAUGGAUUCAAGCCCAAGAAUUUGACGACUAUGACUUUCUUUGAUUGUAAAUUCUUGAAAAAGAUUCCGGAUCUUUCGAGCAUCUCAAAUUUGAAGGAAUUGAGUAUCCAAAAUUGUAGAAGAUUAGUUGAGGUGCAUGAUUCCGUUGGAUCUUUGGAAAAUCUUUCUCGGUUGGAUUUUGAAGGAUGCUCUAAACUCCAAAUCCUUCCAAGAAGCCUCAAGUCGAGAUCUUUACACCGGCUUCUUCUUGGCGAUUGCUCAAGCCUUCGUUAUCUUCCUGAAAUCGAGUGUAAAAUGGAAUCUUUAAGUUCAUUGGAUCUACAUUGCACCGCAAUAGAAGAACUACCUUUAUCCAUUGGGAACCUCGUAGGACUCCAUCAUUUA